AUGUCGACGCCGAGCACCACCAGCGCCGCGCCCGCCGCCUCGACGUCCGCGGCCAACUCGCUCCCCGACGAGCUCCUCGACAAGAUCUUCUCGAACCUCGUCGGCACCGACACCAAGCAGCACCCGCUCUACAGCGUCUGCCUCGCCUCGCGCCGGUUCCACCAGGUCGCCCAGCCGCUCCUGUGGCACACGGUCGCGUUCGAGGUCGACGGCACCGGCGACGGCCAGGCGUUCGUCGAGGCGGCAAGGCAGCUCGGCCACUAUACCCGUGUCGUCUCGCUCGCCUUCACCAAGGUCGCACGCGAGGAGGCCUACUUGGCCUACACGCCCGUCCUCAAGCACAUGGCCGCCGCGCGCCGCGUCCAGGUCGUGCACGACACCGACAGCGAGGGCCGGCGGUUCCAGCCUGUCGCGCUCUUCGACAACAUCGAGUCGACCAACCUCGAGCACCUCGGCGUCCUGCACCUCCCUCGCGACUCGAGCAUGCCUCGCGCCAGCUGCCUCCGCACGACCGCGUCUCUCGACCUCGUCGGUUCGGGCUUCUCUGCGUUCCUCGAGUGCCUGUACCACGUGCCCGGGCUCAUGCCGAGCCUGCGCGCGCUCGCCGCCGACUUGUGGUGGAUGCCGGCGAUCGGCAUGCCCGACCACCUGUUCGCCCAGCUCGACAUGUUCCAGGCCAGCGUCGGCGUCAUCCUCAACGCCGGCGCCCGUCCUCUCGCUCUCGAGGCCCUCGCUCGCCACGUGUCGAUCUGUCGCGUCUUCCUCGACCGCUCUUCCGCCAACAUCUCGACGUCCCUCGACAACCUUGCGCGCGGCAUCAAGGCGGGCAACGUCAAGUCCGUCUGGCUCCCGCGCGACCCGACGUCCAUCGGCUCGCCCUCGGACGACGUCGGCCUGUGCGCCGCCUGGGCCAACCUGUGCGACGCUGCGAGGGCGGCGGGCAUUCCCGGGCGGUUCGUCGGCGACGCCGAGGACCCGAGGACGAUGGUGGGCGGCCAGCUUGACUUUGGAUUCUGGGAUUACGCCAAGCGGCUCAGGGCGGCGGGCGAGGUCUAG